AUGAGCAUAUCCACGCUUGCCUCGCUGGGCAUGGCGAUAGGCGCGCCGCUCGUAUACGCAGACCAAGCCCACUCGAUCUACCGCAAGCAGGACGCGCGCGGCUUCUCGCACGAUGUGUGCGCCGUGCUCCUCAUCGCCAACAUCACGAGAUGCUUCUUCUGGCUAGGCGAGCGCUUCGAGUUUGCACUGCUCUUGCAGAGUCUGCUGAUGAUCGCGGCGCAGCUGGGGCUGUUGUAUCUGUGUAUCCGCUUCAAGCCGGUGACGAGGUGGAGCAAGAGUAUCAGCAGUGAUGGUGCGAGGGUGGUGUUUGAUGGGGCGCAGGAAGAGGAGAGUAGAGGUGGGCAGAGGGAGGCCGAACGGCAAGAGAGCGACUUGAUGGAUCUGAAUGAACCUCGUGAGCGAGGGGAGGAGGAGGCGGGGGAGGAGGAGGAGGGGUAUGCGAACAAGCAGCCGCUGCUGGUCACGCUGGGCGCCAUGUUUCGCGGAGAGCGUUCGAACAGCGGCUCCAAUUACGGCCGUCUAUCGUCCACGGACCCGUCGUCAUACGGAUCCUCCUCGCUCCCCACUCCCAACACCACACCCACCACCUCCUCCACCUCGACCCAACCAUCGCGCCUUGCUUCGCUCCUCUCGUACAUCACCCCUACCUCGACCGGCAGACCGCUCAACUUCUGGCAGUGGUCGGACUACAACUCGUACCUUGUCUUUCUCGGUCUCUACUCGCUCCUCCUUCUCCUGCUGUAUAUCCUGCUGUCUUCCUCAUCCACGUUCAUCGCGGUGCUCGGCUACGUCGCGCUGGGUCUGGAAUCGACGCUGCCCAUCCCGCAGCUCUUGGCCAACUACCGGCGCAAGAGCCUCGCCGGGUUCCGCGCGAGCGUGCUCGUCGGCUGGUUGGGAGGCGACUCGUUCAAGCUGCUGUACUUUGUGCUCAAGGGCAGCCCGGUGCAGUUUACCAGCUGUGCGGUGUUCCAGCUGAGCAUCGAUCUCGCGAUCUUGGCGCAGAGCCGGCUGUACAGCCAACAGACCGAGGCCGACGAGGAGGCGAUGCGUAACAAGCAGGGGAACAGCGCGACAGGAACAAGGCACGAGGGCGAGAUCGAGGAGGACGACGUGUCCGUGCGAGACGCUGCGAGUGGCAGUGCGCGUCCGAGUGGACGGGGCAAGGCGAAAGGAAAAGGGAAGAGCCCGAGUCAAAGUGCCAGGGUGGUGGACGACGAUGACGAACAACAACUUCUGCAAGAUCCUCACCACGUCAUCAGUGUUGAAGCGGACGACGACGACGACGGCGACAUCUCAAAUGGUCGCCGCAAGUGA